AUGGAAGAAAUAAUGAUUCAAAGUAUUGAUGAAUCAAUACAUUGUGGAUUAAUAAAGAAUGCAUUAUUUCUUUCAGAGAGAUUAUAUGCAUCAACAGCCAAUGAAGAUAACCUUUUUAAAAUAGCUCAAAUCUAUUAUCAAAUGGGUAAAAUAAAUCAAUGUUUAUUAAUACUUCAACAACAUCCUCAAAUUACAAUGAUAAAGAACCUAUAUCUAUUAGCAUUAUCAAAUUAUGAUCUUGGUAAUAUUCAAGAAGCUGAAUCAUCAAUUAUUAAAUGUUGUAUAUAUUUUGAAAAAUAUUUUCAACCUAAUAAUAAUAAUAAUAAUAAUAAUAAUAAUAAUAAUAAUAAUAAUAAUAAUAAUAAUAAUAAUAAUAAUAACAACAAAGAUAAAUGUAACAAUAGUAAUAAAAAUAAUGAUAGCAAUAACAAUAGCAAUAGCAACAAUAAUGAAAAUGAAUAUUAUGGUAUUUAUAGUGAUAUACUUUGUGAAUUUGAUGAUAUAGUUGAUAUAAAUAGUAUAUCAUAUGGCUUUGAUUCUCCUUGUAGCAUUGGAUCAGUUUAUUAUUUAAUGGGAUUAAUAUCAAAGAGAAAGAAUCAAAAAGAGAAAGCAAUUAAAUACUUGAAAAAAUCAGUUUACACCUAUCCAUUCCUAUGGGUAGCUUUUGAGCAAUUAUGUAAUAUAUGUCCCGACGAAAUUGAUAUCUCUGACUUAUUCUCCCAUACAAAUUUAAUUCAUCAAAUUAAUCAUUUAAAUCAACAACAACAUCAACAACAUCAACAAUUUCAACAAUAUUUAUCAAAUAGCUUAAAUCAAAAUAAAGUUAAUAAUAAUAAUAAUAAUAAUAACAACAAUAAUAACAAUAUUAAUAAUAAUAAUAGCAGUAAUAAAAAUAAUGAACAAACUAUCACAUCAACAGUAGCUACAGGUACAACAAAUAUAACAACGAAUACAAUUAAACCAAAUAAUUUUAUAAAACCGCCAUAUCAUCCAAACCAUAGAGUUGGUUUAACACCUUCCUCAUUUUAUGAUUCAUCAAUACAUAUUACACCAAUUAAUUUUAAAGCAUCUAUUCAACAAACUAAUCAACAACAGCAACAGCAACAACAACAACAGCCACAACAACCAUCACAACAAAAUCUACAAAAAUAUAAUAAUCGAUAUUUCGUUACACCACAAACACCACUUUCUCAUAUAACACCAAUACUUUCAAAUAGAUUUUCUCAAAAUGUUGUAGAUCCAAUACCAAUGGUUAUGGAUACACCUGACAGUAAAGGAUCACAACAUCCCCCUUCUAGCAAUAGUCAAACUCCAUACACACCUUCAACUCCAGGUGUUCAUCAUCAUCAGAAACAACAACCACAUCAACAUAAAAAGAGCGCACCACCAUCUCAAAUGAUAAAGAAAUCUAUGAGUAAUGAAUUUGAUACACCAAUGUCACUUGAUUUAAAGAGUCCAAUAUUUACAACAUCAACAAGUAGUGAUGUCCAUGGAUUUACUUCAUCAACAUCAAAACAACAACAACAACAACAACAAACUAAACAACAAACAACAACAACAACGACAACAACAACAUCAAUUACAGAUAAAGAGGUUUUAUUAACAAAAACAAAGAAACAAGUUAAUUUUGGUAAAACUGAAGAAUUUAGUUUAAAAAGUUUAUCAUCUUCAUUAAGUGAUGAUGAUUAUGAUGAAGAAAACCAUCAUUAUCAACAACAUCAUCAUCUCCAUCAUCAUAAUAAAUCUAUUGACGAAUUAGAAUUAGAAGAGGAUGAUCAAUUAAAUAUUACUGAUAAUUCAGUUCAACCAAAUUUCUAUGAAUUUGAUGAAUCUUCAAUUUUGGAUUUCAAUGGUGGUGAUCUAUAUGAAGGUUUAAUUGAAUUACAUAAAGGUCAAACUCAACUAUUAGAAUUAUUUUUUAUUUUAGCAGAUUCUUAUAGAUUACUUUGUUUAUAUUUAUGUAAAGAAGCAAUUGAAUCAUUUAAAAGAUUAUCAGAAGAACAAUAUAGAACUGGAUGGGUAUUAACAAAAGUAGCAAAAGCAUAUCAUGAAUUAAUUGAUUAUAAAGAGGCAAGAUCAAUAUUUCAAGAGGUAUCACAAAUGGAACCAUAUAGAUUAGAGGGUAUGGAAUUAUAUUCAACAUUGUUAUGGCAAAUGAAUGAAGAUGCAGAAUUAAGUUAUAUUGCACAUAAAUAUUCAGAAUUCGAUAGAUUGUCACCCUACUCUUGGGUAGUGGUAGGCAAUUGUUUCAGUUUACAACGUGAUCAUGAAGCUGCAAUCAAAUUGUUUAGAAGAGCCAUUCAAUUGGAUCCAGACAUGACCUAUGCCUAUACAUUAUGUGGUCAUGAAUAUUUAGCGAACGACGAGUUGGAGUUAGCAUUGAAUGCAUUUAGAAUGGCCAUUAGAUGUGACCCACGUCAUUACAAUGCCUUCUAUGGCAUUGGAUUGAUUUAUUAUCGUCAAGAGAAAUACAAUUUAGCAGAGUAUCAUUUUAGAAAAGCAUUAUCAAUCAAUGAGUCCAGUUCGGUGUUAUGUUGUUAUUUAGGUAUGACCCUACAACAUAAUCCAAAUAAAAUUCAAGACGGUAUUGAUAUGCUAUAUCGUUCAAUUGAAAUUCAACCAAAGAAUACCUUUGCAAAAUUCAAAUUAGCUGCCUUCCUCUUUGCAAAUCAACAAUAUCAUCAUGCUAUCGAUCAAUUAUUAGAGUUUAAAGAAAUUGAACCAAAAGAAACUCCAAUCUACAUUCUUUUAGGUAAAUGUUAUAAACAAUUGGGCGAACUCGAUAAAGCUUUAGAUUCUUUAAAUACCGCUUUGGAUCUUGAUCCAAAAAAUUCAAAUUACAUUCGUUCUUUAAUUGAUAAAUUACCUUUAGAGGAUGAAGAUGAUAAUCAAGAUUAUUUUCAAUUAAAUUAA